AUGGCAACUUCCUCCACGCGCCUGGGACCUGAAACAGACAUUCACCGUCGUACCUCCCUCGGCUUCCUUCGUCGUUCUAAAUCCACCGAACCCCUAGGCGACAAGUCUUCCCGCAAAAAGAUGUCUAAAACCCAAAUGGAGGAUGAGAUGCGUCGUCAGCGCGAGUCUUAUGCCCCCAAAGUUCCUCCCCGCUUGCCUGAUCUUUCCCCCGCCCCGCAACUGGAAACUUUUGGAGGCGAGGAACGCGACAGGAUCCCCGAACCAAUUCCACGCCCACAGUCUGGAGCUGUUGCGCCCUCUAUGGCUGGUUCAACCAACAAUGUUGAUCCCUAUGCGCGUACUGAGAGCAUGACCCACCGUGGUCGUUAUAGCUAUGCCAGUAGUGCUGUGAGCACUGUCAACAGCCCCCGUCGUGUGCGCCGUCGCAAGGACCCCACCUCAUACAAUGUGCUUGUCAUUGGUGCUCGUAACUCAGGCAAAACAUCCUUCCUCAACUUCCUCCGCAGUGCUCUGGCCAUGCCUGCUCAUAAGCACCCCUCACGCAGCCCCGAGGAGGUCGAAGAGCUCGAGCGUCAAACCUCGGUCUGGGAAGGAUUCACGUCGCAAUACCUGGAAACAGAGUUCGACGGCGAACGUGUCGGACUUACCCUGUGGGAUUCCGUAGGUCUUGAGCGGAAUAUCGCAGAUCUUCAGCUACGUGGUGUGACAGGCUUCCUAGAGAGCAAGUUCGAGGAGACCCUCGCCGAGGAGAUGAAGGUUAUUCGAUCCCCUGGUGCCCGUGACACCCAUAUUCACUGCACUUUCCUGCUCCUGGAUCCUGUACGUCUUGAUGAGAACAUCGCCAUGGCCGAGCGUGCUGCCAAUGGCACUUCCAAGCCCACUGAUGCGCCUGUGGUGGGGAUUCUGGACCAGAACCUAGAUAUCCAGGUGUUACGCACGGUGCUGGGUAAGACCACUGUGGUACCAGUUAUCAGCAAGGCGGAUACUAUCACCUCCGCCCACAUGAAUUACCUCCGCAAGGCAGUCUGGAGCAGCUUGAAACAGGCUAAUAUCGACCCCCUUGAAAUAUUGACAUUGGAGGACCAGGAGGAAGAAUACAGCUCAUCCGAAAGUGCGGAUGAAGACGAAACCGUGGAGCUUGAGAGCAAAGCCGAGGCCAAAGAAGCCGAGAUCGGAACCGAAAAUGUCCCUGGUUCGCCAUCCCAGCUCAGCGAGGACACCCACGAGUCCAACUCCUCGCAGGCCAUCAACCAGCACGUUCCAUUCUCGAUCCUGUCUCCAGACCCUCAUUCGCUGGCCGCUGGAGACAAACCAGUCGGUCGCCGAUUCCCCUGGGGCUUUGCAGACCCAUAUGAUGCUGAGCAUUGUGACUUUGUUCGCCUGAAGGACUCUGUCUUUUCUGAUUGGCGCUCCGAGCUGCGGGAGGCCAGUCGCGUGGUCUGGUACGAGCGCUGGAGAACAAACCGCCUCAACCGCAACGGACAGCCGGCGCCCGCCCAGAAGCAAACCUACGGUGGUCGUCAGGGACCUCAUGAUGGCCGUCGCACGCGAUAA